GUUUUUUAAGCAACGAGCGGACAGUUAGAGCUGUUGGUCAGAUUCACUUUUAACACAUUAUACAUUUGGCUUAGCCCUUCAUGCGCACUUUUUCAAUCAAAGGCGCCGGGCUUGAUUUUCUUUGGAAAGGGGUUCGUCCUCGUUCCGGCCCGCGGAGUUUCCUUUCCUUCCGGUCCGACCGGUUUCUCCCUCCGCCCGUUCCCUUCUCUCUUCUGUCGUCCACGUGUGGCUUUUAUCAGGACUUUCACCACAAAGGCGACAUAAAGACCGGGACCAAAUGGCGUCGUCGUUUGAGCAGAUGAGAGCGAACGUGGGGAAGCUCCUGCGGGGCAUCGACCGGUAUAACCCAGAGAACCUGGCUACGCUGGAGCGCUACGUGGAGACACAGGCCAAAGAGAACGCCUACGACCUGGAGGCCAACCUGGCCGUCUUAAAGCUGUACCAGUUCAACCCGGCUUACUUCCAGACUCAUGUGACAUCGCAGAUCCUGCUGAAGGCGCUGACCAACCUGCCACACACCGACUUCACUCUCUGCAAGUGCAUGAUCGACCAGACACACCAGCAAGAGGAGCGCCCCAUCAGACAGAUCCUCUACCUGGGGAACCUGCUGGAGACCUGCCACUUCCAGAGCUUCUGGACGAGUCUCGAGGAGAACAGAGAGCUCAUCGACGGCAUCACCGGCUUCGAGGACUCUGUGCGCAAGUUUAUCUGUCACGUAGUGGGCAUCACCUACCAGAACAUCGAGCACCGGUUACUGGCCGAGAUGCUGGGAGACCCCCUGGACACGCAGGUGAAGGUGUGGAUGAGUAAGUACGGCUGGACAGAGAACGAGGAAGGACAAAUCUUUAUCUACAACCAGGAGGAGAGCGUCAAGCCCAAGAACAUCGUGGAGAAGAUCGACUUUGAAAGUGUAUCCAGCAUCAUGGCUACAUCUCAGUGAACACACACACACACACACACACACACACACACACACAACCAAUCAACACAGAUCAAGUAUUUUAUAACCAUGUCAUUUUUCUCAACAAACUCUUUUCGCAAUAAAGAUAAGUUAUCAUUAACAA